UUUUUUUUUUUUAAAUUUGGCAUGCUAUACGAGAGAUUAGUGCGCGUGGAAGACACGUGAGAUUCACUAACAAGCAGAAAUACACCACUUCUGGCUUAAAAAAACCCCUUAGAUCGUUUUUAGGAAUCUUCUCGAAGUUCCAAACAACAUGGGACAGCAUGGCUCCAAAUCUUCCAUUGAAGCCCGUGCGAUUUUUCAGAGCGAUGGCGCAGCAGACAUGUGCCAGAAAGCGGACACAUGCUCUACCCCAGGCUCAGUUGUCCGCUUUCAGGAGAGGGUGACCAAUCAGUCGGCCUGUCUUCACUCUUCCCCCCGGACAAGGCAGAAAUCAGAACUCGACUCUUGGCCCCUGCGUAGCCGUGACACCGGAGGACUGGUGUACGUGAUGGAUAACCCAACCGGCGGGGUGUGGGUGAAGCCGGAGGAGAAAUGGUCCAGAUCUUGAUACAAAAAACUAAAAUACAAAUGAUUUAGUCAGUGGAAUCAGUUGAGCAUCUUACAGAGUAGCAGAUGUUGUUGAUUUAUCUUCCUGCUGUGAGGUGAGCCUCCACUGUGCCCGCCCGCAAUGCAGUGAGGUGGAUUCAAUCGACCUUCUCCUUACCGAGGAUUUGGCUGGACGGAUCAUUGAGAUGAACGGAUGUUUCUUUAUUCUGUUUACAUGUUCAGUGUUAGACUGAGAGGGGGAUGGUGAGGGGAGGUGAUUAGCCACCGAGUCUAUGUCUUUGGGUGCUCUAUUAUUCUGAAUGAUGUGAAGCAGAGUAAACAAAGGGAAGGGGCCUGGCUGUAAUGCUUUGGUCGAUGGUGUCAUGGUGAAACCUGCACCCUACCAAUGGCUGACCAACCAUUAUUGAUUUUGUCCACUUUCCUUUUUUAAAAAUUAUUUGACUUUUAUUUCUGUUUAUAAUUACGCGUGUAUGUGCUAUACAACAUACACGAGUAUUAAAAUACAAUAUUUUAAAAUAACGAUGGCAUUUUGGAUGUGAUGGAGUGACCUUGAUUUAGGACGGAAUGUCCACAAGGGGUAAAAGCAAGUUGUGCGUGACGUGACCUCAAGUUUAUGAUGUUUGGCUGCUUCUGGUUUUCUAGAAGCACUGGAAUCUGAGUUGAUUUUUUUAAUGUGCAUGUCAGCGUUGAAACAUCCAUCUCAUAUUUAACAUGGCUGACAAGCCCGUGUAGAAAUUUGUUCGAAUACAAGAACUGUGUGUAUGCAAACAGGAAGAGCUUCGACGUUUUAUUUAUUUAUUUAUUAAUUUACGUAUCACUUAUUUAAUUCCGUGAUUGGACAUGUCAUUCAAAUUUCGAAAUGUUGUAACAGUUUGAGGCAUCCCAGUCACUAAGGCACCUUCCACUACGGUCCUUUUUAACUUUAACUGGUUUGGUGCAAUUGGCUAUUAUUUAGUUUUUAAUAUUUAAGUGUUUGAGUACCCGGUUUUGUUCUCAGUGCGCUUUUGACACUUUUACGAAUGCACAUUAGUCAGCCUGAUAUCUUCGGAUAACAAACAUAAAGUGAUGGAAUACAUGACCAAUAAAAGUGUAACUGGGGAACGGGAAACUUUGCCCUCUGGUGUGACGCCUUAUCGGAACACAGUGCCUUAGCAGGGAACUAAUGGCUUAUCCAUUAAACCUCGGUAAACGCACUAAGCAAACACCGCGUCAGACGGGCACAGUGCGGAGGAUGUGACUGUCCCGCGUCAGUUAACGGCCUUUGUAUCUGCACUUCACCAUGGGAUUAUGGGUUUCCAAACCUCAAGUGCAAGUUCUUCUUCUGGGUCUGGACAACGCUGGAAAAUCGACUCUCCUCUACAAACUGAAGCACAACACUAGUGUCAGCACCGUCCCUACCAUCGGCUUCAACGUGGAAAUGCUCGAGGCCAGAAAGAACAGGAGAAAAAUAGCUAUAACCAUCUGGGAUGUCGGCGGUCAAGGGAACAUGCGCGACCACUGGCCGAAUUUCUACCAGAACGCUGGAGCUAUCGUGUUCGUUGUGGACAGUGCCGACCAGGAGCGCCUGAACGAGGCGCAAAGGGAGCUGGAAAGAACUCUGAGAAAUGAUGAGCUCCGGGGCCGUCCGCUGAUUCUUCUCGCCAACAAACAGGACGUCGGCGGCGCGCUGAAUGUCACUGAAAUGAAGGACAGAUUCAAUAUGAGAAAGAUCUGCCAGGAGCGGGAUUGUUUCGUUCAGCCAUGCUCUGCGUCGACGGGAUUUGGAGUUGAGGAGGCCUUUAAACGAGUGGUCCAAGUGGUCAAACUUCCGUCAGAGCCCGGUGCAGUGAAAGACAAUAUCAAGGAUACAGUGCACUACCUCAGAACAAACACCAAACAUUAACAUUUAUUUAUAAGCAAUGUGUUAUUUGACAAUAUGACGAAUGAGCUCUGACACUACCUUCUGCUUUAAUUCCUUUAUAUCAACAAUAAAUCGUAUUUAAAGAAAUGCCAUGUUUUGGUUACAUUUCUAUGAUUCUUACGCCCACGGAGACAUGCACUAAUCAUAUAAACAGGUAAGCUGUUUAUUAGGUGUGCGUUUAGAAACUGCAUAUCCGUAUCUCCUUUUAAUUAUUAAACGCAAUUCUGUUAUCUCACAGUCGUGUAUCUCACUGACAGCAUCGUCAACCCAGGGGAAAAGCGCAACAAAGACAAGUGCAAAUAGGUUUGGAUGAUUUAGUUGCGUUGCGCUGACUCUCGGCUGUAAACAGUCUCCUUUGGCUAGUGUUUCACUUCACUUAUGUAAGAAAUGAUAGAUGCUGAUAAUCCACUGAUUAGCUUUUCGCUUUCUAAAUGGCUAGUCUGCAAAAACAAUCUAAAUGUGGUAAAUGCUGACUGUAUUCAUAGGCUGUAUUAGAGUCUGGCUGAUUAAAGAGCAGAUACUUGUUUUUUGUUUUCUUUAUCUUUGUUAUAUCAUAUCACAUCGAAUCUAUGAAGCAUUAGAUGCGAUAUGAUAAUAAAUCGAGCCUCAGUGCUGAGAGUAUUUAGCAGAAAAUUAAGCUAAACCUGAACACUCACUUGGACACACUUUUUUUGGAAGAAAUGGAGGAAUUGGAUGAAAACAUUUUCCAGAGGCAUACAGUUCAUGUUGUAUGGAAAUUCACCUGGCGAUAUUUUGUGCGUUCUUCUCCAAAAAUGCGCACUAUAGUGACAAAUAUCUCGAAUAUCGAAUACUUGAAUCUAUAGUGCUACGUGUUCGCGCCUUGUAGCUUGUCCGUCACAGGAUUCCGGUCGUCGAUCUCUUUCCGUCCCGAACCGUCUCCUCAUAUGUCGGCAGAUGUUUGCAUUCAUCGUAUGUUGGCAAAUGCGCAGCGGCAGCUGGAUCCGCCGAGCUGUCCGGUGUACAGCUCUCCAUAAGCAUUUCUUGCGAUGUGGUGGCCGCUGGCUGUCCAUUUUGAGGUGGGAUGUCCUGCCUUGAUCUUGAACACAGCACCCUCUGGACAAAGUAUCCCAACGCGAAGAGAAGCAGCAGAAUAAGUAUUCCAGAAAGUUUUCGGGUGACCAUGGCGAUGCUGUAGUACGUAUAGUUCACCAACUCCGGGCAACAGGUGACAACAGAGGUGUUGUUUCCCUGCGUGCAGCAUAUCUGAUCAUUUCUGCAAAGGACGUCUCCGCAUCUCCGGCUGCAAUCAACAACCGUGUGAACAAAAAGGCAAGUAGUGAACAACGCCAGCAGUUGGUUUCUGAGGGAAAACAUCGCCGAUGUGUUCAACGGGAUAAAACAACCCAGUGAGAGACAACAGCUAAAGCCCUGAAACAGGAUGCAGGCGAGACGACGCAAAUGCCCGGACUGAAACACUGACGCAGAGCAUUAUCCACUCACCGCAUCCCCAGAGCAUGGAUAAAACGACGGACCAGGGUGGGUAAUCAACAAUCUUAAGUCUACGUAUUAACAGUACCAAUCGGCAGACGAUAAACUGUAAGCAUUCCCCGACUGAAAACGAUCAGGCAGAGAUCUGGACUGCAUCUGUAACCCCUGCAACGCAUGAAUAUG